GGAAUGGAUGAUCCAUCAGUGUAUAACUGUAGUGUGGCUGUGGCUGAAGCUCGGGCUGCAAACCCUGAACCCCAAACUUCAGCCCCACCUCGCCCCCUAGAAAUGGAGAUGGAGUUGGAGCAUUUGAGUGAUGAAGAGCAAGAUGCAAUCUGGGCCUAUCCCACAUGUCCUGAUGUAGAGGAAUGCAGGCUGGGCCUCCACAACUGUCACCCCUCUGCUACCUGCAUCAACACUCCCACUUCAUAUGAGUGCCAUUGUGAGAGAGGAUUCACAGGGGAUGGCACACUGCACUGCAACCAAACCUGUUACAAUGAGUGUCGUGAGGGCCAGUGUAGCGGCAGCCCACGGUUUGAGUGUGAAUGCGCCCUGGGCUGGACAUCUGAUCCCGCUACUCUGGUUCUGAGUGGCGUAGAAUGUGAUGUUGACUGUGGCUGCAACUUCCACUCCACCUGUAUUACUGCUCCAGGGAUCUGUGAUGAAUGCCAAGACUGGACUACAGGGCCUCACUGUGAGCACUGCCGUCCAGGUAGCUUUGGCUCAGCCCUGGCUGGUGGCAGCGGCUGUGUUCCCUGUGAGUGUAACGGACACGGCGACUUUCUCCAGGGAUACUGUCACAACCAGACAGGCCAGUGUUACUGCACCCACAACACUCAGGGACCACACUGCGAGUCCUGUCUGCCUGGCUACUAUGGAGAUCCCAGGAACAAUGGAACAUGUUACCGCCAGUGCCAAGGCCGCUCUGUCCUGCUGUCCUCCACUUCCUCCACCACCAUUCCCCUGUCCUCUUCUUUGGGGUGGCGGAGUGGCACAGAGGGGAAAGGUGGACUUUCUCAUUGCCUGUGGGUCCUCUCUGUGACUGAAAACUUGGCACCCUGUCUGCCCAGACAGUUUUGUCCCCCAGUAGCUCUCACACUACACCCAGACUCUCAUACCCAUUGUAAAAGUUCGUAUGUCUAUGUGUUCGAUGGCCUGCCUCGUUUUCUGGGUAACGGAGUCGUACAUUCUGAUCACAAUCUAAUUGGAGCAUUUUGUGGCACCACGAGGACUCAGCCUAUCACAGUGGAGGCCACCUCAGGUGUGAUCUCAGUCUACUUUGAAGCCAACGUCACUUCAGACAGACCUCAAGGCUUCAAUGCAUCUUUCUGGGUACGACGGUGUCAGCAGAGCUCUGAUGAGGAUGAAGACGGAUCUGUAUGUCCAGGUGGAGCCCAGUGCCAGGGUGGGCUCUGCCAGUGCCCUCAGGGAUAUGGGGGACCACACUGUGACCGGCUAGUGUGCCCACAGGAUUGUGGAAUAGCAGAAGGAAGAGGAACUUGUAAUAUAGUAAGAGCUGUGAACUUUUUUUUUUUUAAGUUUGCUUUUGCUUAA